GUGCACAGUGGUUUACUUUUGUUCUGACGAUCAGUUUGGACGUUAAUAGACGCUCACAUGUGAACUGCACCUUAACUGUCAGCCUUUUCGUGACAGACAGCAUUCUUCACACACACAAGCCACAUGAAUUUCUUAAAGGAAGCUAUCUACUGUUAUCUGGCUCACAGCUCAACUUGACAUCAGUGGGUAUCUAAUAAAAGAAACUGAAUUCAGUGGAAGAGGCAUGUUGUUAUUCUUAUAAAAAACACAUAUAUGAUCAGCUACAGUAACAUUGAUUCCACAAGAACAAAUUAAGAGACAGAACGGUGCUUAAAGUACAUUCUUUGUGAAUCCCCACCACUUCCUGUAAAGAGCAACAUCCUUACUUGUUUCUCAAGAGUGCACUUCUCUUAACAGAGUUGUUGUAAAAUGAAAAAGAAGCAUUUGAAAUUACUCGUCAUAGCACUAGCUAGCAGCUUUUGCCUGUUCUUUUUCUUUUCCAAACUAAAGGAUGUGGAACACAAACAAAGAGACCUGGCCAAGAUCACUUCAUUUCCAGAUACAACUACAACUGUAGUUAUCAGCAAUACCAAAAAGAAAACCAAAAGUGUUAUGCCAUAUGAACUUCCACCCCUUACAAUUUCUGAGACUUUCAGAAAAGACAUUCCCAAAAAUGGUGCUUUCUGGAACCGGAAGCUUCAUUCUCUCCUCAGGCAGUUUGAUUCCACUGCCAAUCAAACAGAGAAAGACCCACAUGACAAGUUUCUCUGUCAGCCUGAGAGUUUUGAGUUGAUAAAAACCAACAUUCAAGAUGUCCAUUUGUACCCUCCACUUUAUGAAGACUUCCUUAGAGGCAUGGAGUGUCGAGACCCACCGCUUCUUAUCAAUCAGCCUGACAAGUGCGCAUCAGAGAAUGAAGAGGAUCAAAUUUUCCUCCUUUUUGUGAUCAAAUCUAUCCCAAGGAACUUCGAGAGGCGGCAAGCAAUCCGAGAGACCUGGGGAAGAGGAGGCUUGUAUGAAAAAAGACUUCAGGUACGAACUGUCUUUCUGCUGGGCCGAUCAUCUGCGGAUGAUCCCAAUCUCGAUAAACUGGUUUCAUUUGAAGCCCAGCAGUUUCAAGACCUUCUCGUAUGGGAUUUUCAGGACUCUUUUUACAACCUUACUCUAAAAGAGCAUGUGUUCUUCAAGUGGAUGCUUGAUAACUGUCCACACGUAUCUUUCGUUUUUAAGGGUGACGAUGAUGUUUUUGCUAACACUCAAGCAAUUCUGAAUCAUCUAAAGACUCUGGAGCCUGAACAGGUCACGGCAUUGUACACGGGGCAGAUCAUUUUUAAUGCCAACCCAUUACGGGACCCUAAAAUAAAAUAUUAUGUUCCUCAGUCAUUCUAUGAAGGUCCUUACCCUCCUUAUGCUGGUGGCGGUGGAUUCCUAUUUUCUGGAAACCUUCUUCCAUCUCUUUACCAAGUCUCCUUUUACAUACCCUUCUUCCCUAUUGAUGAUGUCUACAACGGGAUGUGCUUCAAGGCACUUGGAAUCACUGCAACGCAAAACGACGGAUUCAAGACCUUUGACAUUCGGGAAGAAGAUCGAGAGAACCCCUGUGUACACAAAGACCUGUUCCUGGUGCACCAACGUGACCCUGGCCAGACUAUAAGACUGUGGAGAAAUAUGCACAGCACCAUGCUGACCUGCUGAUAUUUGUAAACUAUUAAACACCAUUAUGUUCAGCUGUUAUGGUUGAUUAAACCCUUGUCGGAAAAGAACAAGCUGGUGAAAUUUUCUGGGGGCAAAAUGGGGCGAGUACAGAGCAUUAAAGUACCUCUUAAGAGACCCCAACACCAUCAUAUCUUAUGUUUCUGUACAAUUGACAAUCCGUGAGGUUUACUCUAGGUUUAAUUUGUACAGGUUAUCUAACAAAGUUGGGUGGGGUUAAGUCAUCAUGCUCAUGUCAUUCCAAACUCGUACAAAACAAGUUUUGCUUGGAAAACAUAUUUAGAAGUGUGUGUUAGAUGUUUUUGUUCUUAUGAAAAUGAAUAGAAUCCAAAUCUUUACACCCCCCCCCCCCCAACAGAAAUAGUGAAGUGGCUUGUUGUUGUAUGGUGAAUGAAUCAUGAUUUAAAAUGUGCUAUUUUAUUCACUCUCUCUCCAAAAAAAAAAAAAAGCAUGUAAACACAAACCUUAAAAUGAUACAGGGAUAGUUUACCCCGAAAGUAGAAAUCAUGUACUCUACUUGGUGAAAGUCAAUGGCUACCAUUCUUAAAAAUGCCCCAUUUUGUGGUUCACAGAAGGAAGCCUUAUAGGUUUUAAAUUAAAUGAAGACAAGAUAAUUUUCUUACGUUUUGUGUAAACUAUCCCUUUAUAUAAAAAGCCAAACUAGCUACAUUUACAUUGCGAAGUGAAAUGAUGAGUGGCCAUGUAUCAUGACUCAUACUCAGAAUUUGUGCUCUGUAUUUAACCCAUCUUAGUGUACGCACACAGUAGUAAAUAUACACCUGGAGCAGUGGGCAGCCAUAUUCCAGCUUUAUUCGGUGCCUUGCUCAAGGGUCUUACUUCAGUCACUGUAUUAAGGGUGUAAGAGAGCACUGGUUAUUCAAAUCUCAAGUCUUUGUGCACCUGACUUUCAAUUCCCAGCAACAUAAAUUUCCGCAAAGAUGUUCAUAAUGUUUUCUACAAAAAUGUCUGUCGUGUUUGCGUUUAUGCAGCGCAUAAGAUUAGACCUAUUUUUUUUCCAUUCUUUACAAUAUGUUAGGUGUUCAAUUUGAGAAAGACAGACACACUAUUUAACAAGUUUGAUCACGUUUUGGAAGCUUUUAUCUAUCUAUC